UUGGGCUAUUGCUUCCUCAAACACCCCCUUUCUGCCCCCCUCCCUUUCUCUCUCUACAUUUCCUUUUUGGGUUCUUGGGAGUUGGGACUGUAGAACCCUUCAAUGGCGACUUGGAGAUCAAUGGCGCUCCUCUUCCUCUUCCUCCACCUUCUACCUUUAGCUGCCAUGGCCGACAAAGAUGCUUUUGUAGGUUUCAACAUAGGGACCGCCCUCUCCGACAUGCCCAGCCCAACUCAGGUGGUGGCCCUUCUCAAGGCCCAAAAAAUCUUCCACGUCAGACUCUACGACGCCGACCAAGCCAUGCUCCUCGCCCUUUCCGGCACCGGAAUCCGCGUUACCGUUUCCGUUCCAAACCAACAGCUCCUCGCAAUCGGCCAAUCCAAUUCCACCGCCGCCAAUUGGGUGGCUCGUAACAUCCUCACCCACGUCCCCGCCACCAACAUCACCGCCAUCUCAGUCGGAUCCGAAGUCCUCACCGCCAUCCCCAACGCCGCCCCAGUACUCGUCUCCGCCCUAAAAUACAUCCACGCCGCCCUCGUCGCCGCCAGACUCGAUUCCCAUAUCAAAGUCUCCACCGCCCAUUCCUCCUCCAUCAUCCUUGAUUCCUUUCCACCAUCCCAAGCCUUCUUUAACCGAACAUGGGACCCAGUAAUGAUUCCAUUACUUGAAUUCCUUCAAUCCACGAAAUCUUACCUCAUGCUUAACGUCUAUCCGUAUUACGAUUACAUCCAAUCCCGCGAUGCCAUUCCAUUGGACUACGCCCUAUUCCGCCCUCUCCCACCAAACAAAGAAGCAGUCGAUUCCAACACCCUUUUACACUACACCAAUGUAUUCGAUGCCAUUGUCGACGCUGCUUAUUUCUCAAUGUCGUACUUAAACUUCACAAACAUUCCGAUUGUGGUAACGGAAUCAGGAUGGCCAUCAAAAGGCGAUUCCAACGAACCCGAUGCCACUCUCGACAACGCCAACACAUACAACAGUAAUCUAAUCAAACAUGUUAUAAACAACACCGGGACACCAAAACACCCAGGGGUAGCUGUCAGCACGUUCAUCUACGAGCUUUAUAAUGAAGAUGCAAGAUCGGGGGUGGUUUCAGAGAAGAAUUGGGGGCUUUUUGAUGGAAAUGGGAGGCCGAUUUAUGUGUUGCAUUUGACUGGUUCAGGGACCAUGUUGGCUAAUGACACCACGAACCAGACUUACUGUGUGGCUAGAGAUGGUGUUGAUCGGAAGAUGUUGCAGGCUGCAUUGGAUUGGGCUUGUGGACCGGGGAAAGUUGACUGUUCGGCUAUGGUUCAGGGUGCACCAUGUUAUGAACCGGAUACUGUUGCAGCUCAUGCCACUUAUGCUUUUGAUGCUUAUUAUCAUCGAAUGGCUAUGGCUGAAGGGACUUGUGAUUUCAAUGGUGUGGCUACUGUUACUACCACUGACCCAAGUCAUGGAAGUUGUAUAUUUCCUGGAAGUCAUGGGAGUAAUGGGACAUUCAUAAACGGGACUUCUUUGGCUCCGUCUUCAAAUUCGACUUCGGGUAGCUUGUCAACAUUCAACGAGAGCAAUUCGGUUUCUUUUAUGAGACUUUUUGUGGUGUUACUUUUGAGCGGGGUAUUUUUGUAAAUUUGUCGAAAAUAUUCGGUUCUUGAUUACCUCAUUUUGUUCCUGCCCAUGAAGCGGGAGGGUAAAAAGGUCACAAUCAAAGUUUGUUUGAAGCUUGAAGGAAUUGUUGGACUUAGGAGCGAGUUCGUUUGUUGAUUGUAGAAACAAGCGAAUCAAGAUUUUUUCUUCAUGAUCUAUCUAUUCUUUGACUGAAAGUUGCAA